AUGCGGUUGUUGAAUACAUUCUUCAAGAAAGAGUCAGAAAAAGGUUAUGGUAGGACCACGUUUAUAGUGUCGUUGUUCUUUGCCAUGUUUUCUACAGUAUUUAUGGUUUGGAGUGAAGAAGAGCAGAGGAAGCGUCGUCAAGCUGCCGUUAAAGAAUAUGUUCGUAAAUUUCAGCAAUAA